AUGGGAAACAAAAACGCUCGGGGUAGCGCAGCCUCAAUCCGUCCAUCAACUGCCAUAUUCGCAGAAAUUGCCAAACAGAAAGAACUCGCAGCCGACACCGACUUAACUAUAUUACCCACCCACUCUGCCAUCAAGAUCCUCGGCGAUAACGAGAUUCUCUUUAUCAGCAUUCAGUCGGUUGUAUUGCCUAUGCCUCCUAGAUUAGGAUUAGUCUCUCUGUAA